CGUCAAUGAGAGGGGGGAGCACGAGCGCAGACAACGGAGAAGAGAGGAGGAGAAAACAGAAGAGAAUUAAGCGGCGUUAUAAAUUAGUCGGCUCUCAAUCAUUGUCAAAGCAUGUAUUACAGCUUCCAGACUUAAAUGUGGAGGGCAUGCUGUGCAUUGGUGACUUUAAAAAGAGCGUCACUUGUUUCUAACCCAAGUAGAUUACUGGGAAGUAGAUGAGGAGCGUCGCCGGUGCAGGGAGGGGUCCUCUGUUCCAGGAUUCGUAAUAGCGGGCUGUGCGGCGCCGCCGUCUCCUAAUGGAGCCGGGUUGUGUGCAGGCAACUAUGGCUAUGUUUGAUGUCUCGAAGAAAGCGUCUUUUUUCUCUCGAAAUGUGGCGGUGGAACGCAAGAACCUCAUCACCGUUUGCAGGUUUUCAGUGAAAACUCUGUUGGAGAAGUACACCGCCGAACCCAUCGAUGACUCUUCAGAGGAGUUCAUAAACUUUGCCGCUGUCCUCGAGCACAUCCUCAGCCAUGGCUUCAAAGGGUCAGGCAGCUGGUUUGAUGGACAGCGAAGCUAUUGGGACUUCAUCCGUCUGGCCUGCGGGAAGGUCCAGAACAGCUGCAUCAGCAGCAUCGAGAGCAUGGAGAAUAUCAGCACCUCGAGGGCCAAGGGGCGAGCCUGGAUUCGAGUAGCCCUGAUGGAGAAGAGACUUUCGGAAUACUUAGCUACUGCUCUGAGGGACAUUCGGACAACCAGGAGGUUCUAUUGUGAGGGAGCCAUCGUACUAAGAGAAGAAGCCACAGUCCUAACAGGGAUGCUUAUUGGUCUUGGAGCUAUAGACUUCAGUUUCUGUCUAAAGGGAGAGGUCCUGGAUGGAAAAUGUUCUGCUGUCAUUGACUACACCCCAUACCUAAAGUUCACACAGAGCUAUGAUUAUCUAAGUGAUGACGAUGACCGCCGAAGCAUCGACAGCAGCACCAGUGAUGACAGCGUGCCCGAGCACCCUUAUAUCCCACUGGUCACUGACGAGGAAAGCUGGGCCAACAAGUGCCGCAAGAUGGAGCAAAGGUUCAAGAUUGUCUAUGCUCAGAAGGGCUAUUUGGAGGAACUUGUGCGUCUACGUGAGUCCCAGCUGAAGAAUGUGGAAACAGAAAACAAGAAGCUUACCUCGAGGCUGACGGAGAUGGAGGAGCAGUACACGCAGGAGAAGAGAGAGCUCGAGGCCAUUGUGCUGGAACUGCAGGAGCAGCUGACAAGCCUGAUUCCAUGUGACUCCAACCAUUUGGCCAAAAACCUGUCAAUCCCCCUCAUCAAUCAAUGGCAGCAGCCCUACAACAACCACGACAAUGGCAAGCUGUUUCGCAGGAGGAGCUUCCCCAGCACAGAGCUGCUGUCAGUGGAAGUCAGCCUUGACUCCGACUCCCAGAAUACUGCGGGGCAACGGAACGGAGAAGCCUGGUGCAGAGCAGAUAAAGAUUACACGCCUUCUAUGAUGGGUCUAUGCGGGUCUCUGAACUCCUUGCCCAGCUGCAAGUCCCUGGCCAGCCUCAAGUCCAGCGAGUGCCUGGUCCACAUCAGCACAGACAACAGCCCUGCCCUUUCUCCCAGCUAGUGGGCACCAAAGCACAACUGCCAUUCACAGACACUGGAGGAAACAGCUUCACCCCAAAGUGAGAAAACCUGGGUCAUGUUCAUUAAGCAACAAAUGGGGGAGAAACAAUUAAAAUUGAGGGACUGCCUACACUUGUUAAAUUAGAGACAUUAAUAUAAUUUUUUUAUGUUUUAAAACCAGAAUGUGUUCCAUAAUGAACACGACCCAGCAGACACUGUAAGAUGGGGGGGCCCUGUACUACUCCUCAAUAAACCUUUAAAAUUCCCUUCAUUCCACCUGAAAUUCCUCAUGUCCUACACAACCUUGUCAUAAAAUACAUUUUUGACUAAAUAGCCAAUUCCAUGCAUCUUCUCUAGCGUCAAAAAAGAAAAGCAACCAGAAGAGCUGCAGUACUGCCUGAACAAUAAAUUCAACUGUCUUUCAAUGUCUUUCCUUGGCUGAACUGAUGACCACCUACUAUAGAUAUGGGAAAUAUGGUUGCUUACUUGAAAACAAAGCCAUUAUACAAAUACCGACUGUAAUUACAGCAACCUUAAACCUGUAGCUCUCCUACUGACCAAAACAUUUGGUCGACCCACACCUGUCCUACCUUGUUCGUCUGACUGUUGGUAGUAAUGUUUGUACUAGUUUCCACACUGCCUAAUGUGUAUUCUUGCAGUGCAGGACAUGUUGAACUGCUCAGUGACACAGCUCAAAAGUGAAACAACCACUUGUAUGCCAUGUUACUCUUGACGUUGCAUUAUUACAAGUCUGUUAGUACAAGCAGAAAGAGAGGGUUUGUACUUUAUCAUUGCUGAACAUUCAGUAGUGGCUACUGCUACUGAAGAACAAAUACUGAAAGAAGUGCUUUGUAUAUACAGUCUAUGGUAUUAACACGUAUUAGUGAAGUUUGGGCUCGAGUGUGUCACUGUGUGAGAGCAGGAGAAAAAAAAGCCAAUGUGUGGUGUUACUGUAUGAGCAUUGGUGUUACAAGUUUGUAAUUUUUAGUAAGCUACAUUUAUUUUGUAUUAUUAUUUAAUCCUUUCACUCAUUUUAUUGAAAUCUAGAUUGCUGUCUCAUCUUAGCUUUUGGAAGUUCAGACAUAUAAUUUAAAACUGCAAUAAAACUGCCUUUUUUUGUUAAACAUUAUGUUGCUAUGCUUGUUACUGCAGUAGGCAUACAUGGUAUGUUGACUUAUGGUAUUUGCUAU